CUCUGCGGGUUUUCCAAUAGUGUCCUUAGGUGACGGUGAUAGUGCGCUAGGAGAGAAUUGUCUCCGGCGACUUUGACUGCUUUGUAGAUAGAUGGAGGGGGAGAGGUUGACGCGGUGAGCGGCAGCGUACCCAAGGCGUAGUCAUGGCUGACGUAUCGCAAGGAUCAGUCGGCGAAAACUACGACAGCGGGAGUGGCAGAAACUACAUCAGGAGGAGGUGUCGUCGUCAGUGACAUGUUCGAAGAGCUGAACAAGCACUUCUCUGAACGAAGCCGCAUCAACAGUGAUAUCCUCCACUCGUGUCAGUGACAAACAUGAACCAUCCGCGGCUUUCAGGUCAAUCGCUGACCGUCUUCGAUGACUUGAGUAACGACCAAGAUGAGGAGGCAUUGGGUUUGGACAGAGGCGACGAACAUCGGAGCAUUCCCAUCAACGGGAUUCUGAAACAACAUCAGUUCAGGAACAAUGCGAUAUCCACCGCGAAAUAUUCGAUCUACACGUUCGUGCCGAAGUUCCUCUACGAGCAAUUUCGGCGAUAUGCGAACGUGUUCUUCCUCUUCGUCGCUCUCAUGCAACAAAUUCCCGGCGUUUCCCCCACUGGUCGUUUUACAACGGCUGUACCGCUGGUAUUUAUUCUGGUUGUUUCUGCGAUCAAAGAGAUAUUUGAAGACUUCAAAAGGCACGUGGAAGAUCGCGCGGUCAAUCGAAGUAAAGUUAAAGCUUUGAGACGUGUCAAUGAAGAAGGGCCCUCCCAAUGGGUGGACAUAAUGUGGAAUGAGGUUGUGGUCGGAGACUUCCUCAAGAUCACAUCCGGUCAAUUCUUCCCAGCAGACAUGAUUCUGCUAUCGUCGAGUGAAACUGAAAGAAUGUGUUACAUUGAAACUGCAAAUCUCGACGGUGAGACGAAUUUGAAGGUUCGUCAAGCACCCAAAGAUCUUCCUGUCUGGAUGAAGUCCGAUGACCUCGAGAAGGUCACGGGAGUCGUCAAUUGCGAGAAUCCCAAUCGGCACCUCUAUGAGUUCAGUGGUAACAUCCAACUGGAUCAAGGCCUUGCACAAAAAGCGAUACCUGUUAAUAAUGAUGCAAUUCUACUCCGCGGUGCCAUAUUAAAAAAUACUUCUUGGGUAUUUGGCUUUGUCAUUUACACUGGGCACGAAUCGAAACUCAUGAUGAACUCCACAGCACCUCCACUUAAAAGAUCGACAGUGGACAAACUGACCAAUAAGCAAAUCAUCAUGAUGUUCAUGAUCCUCAUCAUAAUAUCUUUGAUAUCGGCGAUCGCGUCGGAGAUCUGGAAUAAGGGCAAUGAGUUUCUCUUGUUCAUUCCUUGGAAGGAUGGAGUUCCAGUGAACUUCGGUUUCAACUUUUUGACGUUCACCAUUCUAUACAACAACCUUAUUCCCAUAUCGCUACAAGUCGCCCUCGAAGUGGUGCGCUACGUGCAAGCUAGCUACAUCAACCAGGACAUGGAGAUGUACCACGAAGAAACCGAUACACCUGCGAAAGCGAGGACUUCCAACCUCAACGAGGAGCUCGGAGCCGUCAGAUAUAUUUUCUCGGACAAAACCGGUACCCUGACCUCGAAUAUCAUGGAGUUCAAGCGCUGCUCGAUCGGGGGACAGACUUUCGGAGACACUGAAACCGGCAUGGACCCGAGUCAGAUAGAGUCUAUUCUACGGUGUAAGGAUAAGCUUUCGGAGCAAGUGAGAAACUUCUUCACUCUCAUGGCAGUGUGCCACACAGUCGUCCCUGAACCCAGUCCAGAAUCUAGCGAGCUCACCUAUCAGGCCGCCUCUCCCGACGAAGGCGCACUGGUCAAAGGAGCGGCUAAGGUGGGCUUCGUUUUCACCACUCGGAAGCCUGCGGAAUGCACCAUCGAGAUCUUCGGCGAGAGGAAGACAUAUGAAAUUCUCAACGUGAUAGAUUUCACAUCAUCGAGGAAACGGAUGAGUAUCAUCGUUCGAACUCCCGAAGAUCGCAUCAUCCUGAUGUGCAAAGGGGCUGAUACUAUGAUAUACGAACGACUUUCGGAUCGCAAUGAUUCCUCGCAGACAGACGUCGUCCUUGAACAUUUGGAAAUGUUUGCCACAGAUGGUCUCCGCACUCUGUGUUUGGCUGCUGUUGAAAUAAGUGCCGAAGAAUACGAAGAGUGGAGGAUCGAGUACGAUAAAGCGAGCACAGCAAUCUUGAACCGAGAAGAAAAGAUCGCCAUUGUGGCUGACCGCAUCGAGCAGAACCUCAUUUUGUACGGAGCUUCGGCUAUCGAGGAUCGCCUACAAGACGGCGUUCCGGAAACAAUAGCGGAUCUACUCCGCGCGCAUAUCAAAGUCUGGGUCCUAACGGGCGACAAACAGGAAACCGCUAUCAAUAUUGGAUACUCCACGCGACUUCUGUCGAAUGAUAUUGAACUACUUGUGAUCAACGAAGAAGGGCUGGACGCGACCAGAGACUGCGUACGGAAACAUCUUUCCCAACGGCGGCAUCUCUUGCACCAAGAAAAUAAUAUCGGUUUGAUAAUCGAUGGGAAAACGCUCACACAUGCAUUGCAUUCGGAAGUGCUCGCGGAUUUCGUCGAGCUAUCACUUGCCGUCAAGUGUCUUAUUUGCUGUCGUGUGUCGCCUAUGCAGAAAGCAGAAAUCGUUGAUAUGGUCCGACAGAAAACCGAUGCAAUCACCUUAGCAAUCGGGGAUGGAGCGAAUGACGUGGCGAUGAUACAAGCGGCCCACGUUGGGGUCGGAAUUUCCGGUAUGGAAGGUCUUCAAGCUGCCUGCUCAUCAGAUUAUUCCAUCGCUCAGUUUCGCUUCUUACGUCGCCUCUUGUUCGUCCACGGAGCCUGGAACCAUAACCGGCUCUGCAAAUUGAUCCUGUAUUCCUUCCAUAAGAAUGUCUGCCUGUAUCUAAUCGAAAUGUGGUUUGCCAUUUACUCGGGUUGGUCUGGUCAGACGCUGUUCGAAAGAUGGACGAUCGCGAUGUACAAUGUAUUUUUCACGGCGCUGCCUCCUCUGGCGAUCGGACUGUUUGAUAGGACGUGUAGUGCGCAAACGAUGAUGAACUUCCCGGAGCUGUAUCGACCAGAACAGCACGAGAUCGUCUUCAAUAGGAAAACAUUUUGGGUUUGGAUCACAAACUCUGUAUAUCAUUCCCUGGUGCUUUAUUUCAUCUCGAUGUUCCUGAUGACACAAGACGUGGCCUGGAGCCAUGGACGGGACGGUGGUUACCUAAUGUUGGGAAACAUGUGUUACACUUACGUCGUCAUCACAGUUUGUCUCAAAGCUGGUCUUGAAAUGAAUGCGUGGUCAUGGCCAGUGCACGCUGCUAUAUGGGGCUCGAUCGGUUGUUGGUUUCUAUUUCUAUGGCUAUACUCGAACUUCUGGCGCUGGUUCCCCAUCGGUGCCGACAUGGCCGGCAUGGACUGGAUGGUAUUCUCUUCCGCUCUGUUCUGGUUCGGCUGUCUCUUCGUCCCAGUGGCAGCACUCUUGCUGGACCUCUGCGUCAUCGUGCUCCGUCGGACAACGUGCAAAACGCUGGCGAUGGCGAUUCGCGAGAGCGAAAUCCAAGAUGCCGACUCCGUUCCGCUGACGAGCAACGCAAAGCAUCGGUUCAACGAGACGGCACGACUUAUCCGGAAUGCUUUCCGAACGCCCUCGAUGUCGCCGACGCAGACCUCGACUUAUAGAUCCGCAGGGGAGCCCUGCAGCUCCUCGAGCCAGCAAGAUGUCGAAUUGAAACAUGGAUACGCAUUCUCGCAAGAAGAGCAUGGAGUGAUGUCUCAGGGUGAUCUCAUCCGCCACACCGAUUCCACAAGGAAAAAGCCGAAAGGGCUCUGAAUGUACUUCCAGGAGCGUACCCGGGGAGGAUUCUGAUGCCUUAAUCCCCGCGUAAGAAGAGUCCCAGUCAUCAACCUUGCUCCUCUGGCCAGGGCAUGCACCAAGCAAACCGAUGUGGAUAACGGAGCGGUACGCUGACUUCCGGAGGAGAACGUCCGAUUGAGCUUCCUCACUAGCUCGAAUGUCUUGGCGAUACGCAAAUUGAGGAGAGGAAUUCACUCUCCGCUGUCGACGCACAAACAUCAAGCGAUAGCGGCAAGAUGGCACCCCGAAAGAGCAUCGGAGUUUAAAUGUGAACGAAAUCGUGAUGAUUAGUUCUCUUGAUAGGAAAGUCCAGCAAAAAUACACAUCCGAAUCGCGAGUUGAGCUCGGAGAUAAGUCGAACGGAGCGACUCCCGAGGCGAUCCUCACGAUCAGGGGAGACAGUGUCUUAUAUUUUCUGGCGUGUUAUACUCGAGCCUUCAUCCGAGGUCGCGUAUUUGGCAGAUCGGCGAGCUUUAUCGUUUACGACGAUCCGCAAGUGAGAUGCUUUGAGCUCCGACGACCAGGACGCAGUAUUUUCCAAAUAUUUUCCAGAUAUGGUUUUUCUCUUCCUUAUUUCGAGCUUGGGAAAGCUCCCCUUCCGGGUGAGUGGGUCAGAAGAAGCUGCGAAAAUGGCAGCCUACGAGGUCCUAACGAGGACUCUGGUCGAUACCAUUGACGGGACACCCGUGAGCUUUAUUAGUGGAGAGGCUUCCCUGGCGGAGCCUGCAGUCAAAUCAAGAGUUCCAGUAUCCGGGACGCGUAGAUAUGCUAGAUGCGUCAGAAGAAGUAAUCAAGUUUUGCACAAUUUGCUGGAAAAAUCGUGAUUUCUUAGGGGAUUGUGUAGCUGUAACGAU